AAAGUGGAAAGUAGGAUUAAAGAGUUAUCCUGUGAGAUCUGCAAGCAUGUCUGGAAAGCCAGUUUGUAUUUCGGAUUUUGAAGAUUAUGCUAAAAAAUUUCUCCCCAAAUCAGUGUAUGAUUAUUACCGAUCUGGAGCAGAUGACGAGGAGACGUUAGCAGAUAACGUGGCAGCAUUCUCAAGGUGGAAGCUGUACCCCCGGGUGCUCAGGGAUGUGUCUGUAAUGGACCUGUCAACUUCAGUCUUAGGGCAGAAAAUCAGCAUGCCCAUCUGUGUUGGAGCAACUGCUAUGCAGCGUAUGGCUCACCCUGAUGGAGAGAUGGCUACUGCUAAAGCCUGCCAGGCCAUGGGGACAGGAAUGAUGCUGAGCUCCUGGGCGACCUCUUCCAUCGAAGAAGUUGCUGAAGCAGCUCCUGACAGCCUUCGCUGGCUGCAGCUUUAUGUGUACAAGGACCGGGAGGUUACCAAAUCCCUAGUGAAGCGUGCGGAGAGAGCAGGUUACAAAGGGAUCUUCGUGACGGUGGACACGCCGUUUCUCGGAAGGCGCAUCGAUGAUGUGCGAAACAAGUUCCAGCUUCCUCCCCACCUCAGAUUAAAAAAUUUUACAAGCAACAACUUGGCGUUCUCCUCAGGAAAAGACUUUGGAGAAAACAGUGGACUGGCUGUCUAUGUAGCCGAGGCAAUUGAUUCAAGUGUUAAAUGGGAGGACAUCAAGUGGCUUCGAGGGCUGACCUCACUGCCCAUCGUCAUGAAAGGAAUCCUCAGGGCUGAUGAUGCUAAAGAAGCUGUAAAGCUUGGGGUAAAUGGUAUCCUGGUGUCAAAUCAUGGAGCACGACAGCUUGAUGGAGUCCCUGCAACUAUUGAUGUCUUGCCUGAAAUCGUUGAGGCUGUGGAGGGGAAGGUAGAGGUGUUCCUAGACGGUGGUGUAAGAAAAGGCACCGAUGUUCUCAAAGCGUUAGCCCUGGGUGCCAAAGCUGUAUUCAUCGGAAGGCCUCUCGUCUGGGGCUUGGUUUAUCAAGGUGAAGAAGGAGCAAAAGAAGUUCUCCAGAUGCUGAAGGAAGAGUUUCGCCUGGCAAUGGCCCUGACAGGAUGCCGCAGUAUAGAAGAAAUUAGCAGGACGCUGAUACGAAGACAUGACGUAUUGCUUUCCAAGAUUUAGGUCUGAAGGUGACCAUCUUGCCUGUUGUACAGAAAGUAUGCCACCAAAUAAAAAGCAACUGUUUGCUCUUUGGGCCUCAAGCUGCAGUCCUGACUGAGAAGGGGUCAUUUGUAAGACAUCACUUGCCGAAGAAAGUACAUGAAGCAAAUUUUACAGGUGUUUCUGUAUUCUGCUAGGCUCCUAUGGAAAGCUGCUCUGCUGGUAGUUGUGACUAGAAAUCAGUCUUUAUACAAGAUCGGCACAAAAGCUACAAGGUGUUUCUGCAACAAAUGUUAAUACUAACUUACAAACCUCCAAUAAUUUUUGUUAAAAUGAAACUAUAAACAGAAAUGUUCUGAUGGCAAACAGCUGCUAGAAUAUAGACAUUUAAAAUGUAAAAGAUAUUUCUUGCUCACUGUUUAGAGAGACUACGCUGUAGAUCAAAGAGUAAAUUUUGCUUUAUGAACAAUGCCUUUUCCCUAGCAACUACGUGCUAUUCCUUUUUAAGCAUGUGGGUUUGUAUGAUGUAGAAGCUCAGAGGACUAGUAGUUGUAAAGAGCUGAACAGCAAAGCAAAACUGGGGAAGUUCUGUUCUCUGACACAAAGCCCGUUGCAAUCAGACAUCCACUAUGCUUGUGUGUCAGAUGUGCAUCAGAUUCCAGGUGUGUGCAAAUCCUUGCAGUCCUAAUACCUUUUCCAAACUAUGCUGACAACACCCAGCUUGAGCCAUAAUUCAUGAUUUCUACCUGGACUCAUUUACUGACAGCUUUUUAGAUUAUUAAUUGGUUAAGCCUGUGGUGUCCUGCAUCACUACUGCAUAGAAUUGAUAGGUAGAGGCUGGCUAUAGACCCCAACAGACAUAUUGAAAAGUUCCUUCUCACUUUCCAUGGACAGAGAAACUCAGUUGCCAGCAGGUCACUAUUCCUGUGUUAUGACUGUAAAUAUAACUGAGUUUGAUCCAUCCCUUUCCAUCCUCUCUCUGUUUUUCAUAAAGAUGGGAGAGUUUGUAGGAUUUGCAGUCAUGUGUAGAAGAAACUUGGAUAAUCGAGGUAUUAACCCAAGAUCUUAGUGGGAAGAUCCUAGUGGCUCCAUUCAGUUUCCAUGAACACCCUUUAUAGAAAGCUGAGCAUUAUUCACUUUAUGAGGAGGAUCAGAUAAAUACAGGACAUGCUUCUCUUCUUGGAACAGUCCAAAUACCUACUGAAUACAGGAGAAAGAACAUAGGAAUAUCUUCAUAUGGCAACCUGUCCCAGAGUGAGCAAAGAAGGUAAGACUCUAUGAAACUCAUCUUCAGUGAAAUUAAGAGUGGCUCUUCAUCUGUCACACUCUUGUUGCAGGUAUGGCAAUAUUACUGGAAGCCGGGAGAUAGGCCAAAGCAGAAUGGUUUUGAAAAUCAUGUUCUGGAAAUAGAGUGUUCAUUUUUAAGGAGGAUUAAAAAAAAAAAAAAGUGCCUUUAUUUCAUUGUUCCAGAGUCACCGACAUCACCGUCUCCACCAUUUGUUUUCCAUCAGUGUCAGAAGAACUCAUGCAUUCUGAUUCUCCCUUUUUGCUCUGUUUGAAAUAUCCCAUACUGAGCUUUAGAGGCAGCAUUGUAAUAAAAUGAUGGAAUAUUACGAUGUGAACUUAAGCUGGGACUGGAACUCAAAUCGGGGAGAAAACCCAAAAGGCCACAUGCUUGCCCUUCAGUUGUAAAAUUUGUACUCUUAUUUACUGCAGAAUGUAGUGUGUUGUGUGAGGGUUGCGUAGCAACAAAAUAAAGUUUAUCUGUGUAGAGAAA